AAAGGCGCUCCUGGAGUCUUUGACGGUCUUUGGCAGCUCCGGACUUUUACGCACCGACCGCAGGCGGAUCCAAGGAACUGGAAGUUCUAACAAAAUCUAACAACAUGAAUAAUGGAUCCAACCGAACUAUUCACCCAAGCUGUAUGGGCGAUGCGCCUUUCGCCAUCGAUGUCAUUCUAAAUUUGGACAGUUUUGGCAUCAUCUUGUACUCCAUCCUCACCUUCAUGGCAGCAACGUCCAUGUUGGUCUUUUUAGAGGAAUGUGUAUACAUCUAUAGAAAAGUACCCGUCAAUAAGAAGAGUGUAAUCAUCUGGGUGAAUGGGGCAGCUCCGAUAAUUGCUACCAUGUCAUGUCUUGGGAUGUGGAUCCCCAAAGCCAUCAUGUUUACUGAUAUGACCUCUGCCUGCUACUUUGCCAUCGUGGUGUUUAAGUUCUUGAUUAUGAUGCUGGAGGAGAUCGGUGGCGAUGAGGCCUUCCUCAGGCGAAAAGGGAAACAUAAACUGAAGAUCAGCACAGGACCUUGCUGCUGCUGCUGCCCCUGCCUCCCACACGUGGAGAUUACGCGACGCACUCUCUUCCUGCUCAAACUCGGCUCCUUCCAGUUUGCCCUCCUGAAGACUGCCUUUACCGUCCUCUCCAUUGUCCUCUGGACUAACAAGAACUUCAUACUGACUGACGUGAAUAUUACUGGAGCUGCAAUAUGGAUCAAUCCGUUUGUGGGCAUCUUGACAAUCAUCGCUUUGUGGCCUGUAGCCAUCAUGUUCAUGCACCUCAGGGUUGCCCUGCGAACACUCAAGAUCGUCCCCAAAUACGCCAUGUAUCAGUUGGUGCUGGUCCUGAGCCAGCUGCAGGCAGCUAUAGUCAACAUCUCGGCAAUGAAUGGAGCCAUUGCUUGUGUUCCACCUUUUUCAUCAAUAAACAGGGGAUACAUGAUAAAUCAGCAGCUGCUAAUCCUGGAGAUGUUUAUCAUCACGCUGGUGACGCGGCUGUUGUAUCGACGACAAUACGAUCCUUUACCUGAAGAAGAACAAGAUAACAAUGAAAACACCAAGAUGGUUGCAAUACCAAACUCUGCAUAAGAACUGAAUUUCUGUAUGUGUGUGUGCCUUUUUCUGAAAGUGAGUGUGAUGGUCUUACUUUCCUGCAGGUAUUUGAUUGUACAAUUUUAUACAAAUGUAAAUUAGUCUUAUGGUUGUAUGCUGAGAUGAACAACAUAGAAACCAACAACUGUUUGACUUAUGGGACACUCAGGUCAACUUUUUCAACAUAUCUUAAUAAGAGAACAUUUAAUUUUAGAAACAGCAUUUUUUAAAAUGAAGGUGAAUUACUCGAACACUGCCACAAGGAGAAAUCAUGUAUUCAACAAAAUGUAUUAACAGAUGUUUUCUUCUUUGGAAAUGAGUAUGUAAUUCAUCACAGAGACUAGUACUGAAUCUUGCUGAGAGUUUUUUUUUUUUUAUCUCUUUGUCAAGUAAAAUUUCCAAAGCUGUAGAAUGUUUUAAGUAGUUUUUUUGUUUUUACAAUAUAUGCUGCUUUUUUUUAAAUUCUUUAACAGUACUUGAGUUGAUUUUAAAGCUCUGCUUUGUCUUGGUCUUUCAUAACCUUUGAUUUAACUAGUUCUUAACUAGUUCAUGCAAUCAUUGUUAUCUUAGAAGUCUACUUCUGGUUCUACUUUAACUUUUCAACAAAGAUCCUCAUAUUAUCGCCAGGUAUUACUUGACAGUGUGAAGAAUUAAUCAGUCACCAUGCUACCAAUGCAUUGAUCUCAAACCCAUGAGACCUCCAUCACCAUGCUUUAUAGAAGCAUGAGUUUCUUGUUCUGAUACAGGGCCUCAUGUUUUACUUGUUUAUAUGCAUUCAGUUUAAAAUGAAGAGCUGAAACAGUUUUAUAUGUUCUUGGAGAUUUCUUUUUCAUUCAAGCUAUCUGCUGUCUGGCAUUUUUCAUUUUUUUUUACACCCCACACACCACUGCAUUACAUUAAUCAGUUUUUAUUUCAAAAUGGGGCAACACAGUGAUGCAGUGUUAAGCUCGGUCUUCCCACAGUAAGAAAUUUGUACGUUUGAACUUGCUGGAUCACCAGGGUUUUUAAACUUGCAUGUUCUUCAUGUACCUGUAUGGGUUUAGUCUGGGUGUCCUUGCUUUCUCUCACAGGUCAAAGAAAUGUAUGCUGGGUUAAUUGGUGUUUCUAAAUUGGCUGCCUGAAUGAG